CAGAUAGUGCUGCGAUGUUGCUGGUGUUCGUUCUGCUCAAAGAGUUGUACUUUAUAUGUAUAUAUAAAGAUAUGUAUACACACAUGUAUAAAUGUAGGCGAGAAAAUGAAAGGGGAAGAAGUAAGCACAACCCAGAUAUAAAUUAUACGGAGUUUGAGGAUUCACAGUGGUCUAAUUUUCUCUAUUGUAAUUGAAAGGGCUGCCUUUGUUUCUGCUUUUGAAAUCUUCGUUUCUUGGAGCUACUUCAACUUCACCGUACGAAUUGCUUCACUUACCGUCUUGCCUUUCUUUCUGAUGCAUUUUUUGCUUUUGGGUUUCCUAUAAUUCUCUCAUUAUCCGAUCUUUUUUCAAACCCUUUUAGAAUUUUUUGUUGAAGUUUUUUACUUGAUUUACUCCCCAAGGGAGGGGAUAAGCUAGAGAUAGAGCUAUUGUAUUUAUUAUUUUUUUCCAACUGUCUUGGAAUUCUUUAUCGGAGAUAAGUCUGAGGGAGGAAGAAUGAAGGGUCAUGAAUCAAAGGUGGCGAGAAUGGAAGAUAUACUAAGCCUACCGGUGCAGGAUCCACCUUAUGCAGAAUUUUCUGCGGCUAAUAUAAAUUGGGUCAAAGUAGAAGGUGGACGUCAAGGUGGUGAUGACAUUGCAUUAAUUCCUUUUUCUAGAGUGGAUGAUUUUGUAAAGGGUGAAUCCAGUAAUGCAGAGUGCCCCGCUAGCUUCCGCGUAGAAUCAAGAAGGAAGAGACCUGAAGGGAGUCUGAACAAACCAAGAGUUGAUGGAUAUCUUGAAUAUACACUGUAUUGGUGCUCUUAUGGUCCUGAAGACUACAGGGAUAUUGAACCUCAUAUAGGGGAAAACUCGAGCGCUAAACCUGCUUCUGGUAAGGGAAGUAGGCCUGGGAGACGGCACAUGAUGAGGGGAUGCCUUUGCCAUUUUACUGUUAAACGCUUAUACACGCGCCCUCUGCUUGCUCUUAUCAUCUACAAUCAGAGAAAUCAUGUUGAUAAAACUGGAGCUCCUUGCCAUGGAAUACUUGAUCAGGAAGCUGUGGGAACUAGAGCCAUGUAUGCUCCUCGAAUAUCUGAGGAACUACGUCAAAAGGUGAUGGCCAUGCUUCAUGUUGGAAUAUCGUUGGACAUGAUAGUCCAGCAUCACAUGGAAGAAGUGCAGAGGCAUGGGGGCCCACAGAAUCGUGAUGAUUUCCUUACACGUAAUGAUGUACGUAACAUGGAAAGGCUUAUAAGGAACUCCUCCCUUGAAUUACAUUCCAAUGAUCACUGCAGUGUAAAAAUGUGGGUGCAACGCCACCAUAAGCAUGUUUUUUACUUCCAGGAGAAUUGUGGUUCUGAAACUUUAAUAUUAGGAAUACAGACAGAUUGGCAGCUGCAGCAGAUGCUUCGAUAUGGACAUAAUGGAUCUCUAGCCUCUCAUACAGCAUCUGGCCCCAAGAAACUUAAGUAUACUUUAUGCUCCCUACUCGCAUUUGACUCGUCCCAUAAUGCAAUUCCAGUUGCCUGGAUCAUUACUUCCUCAUCUCUUAGUCAAAAUAUUCACAAAUGGAUGCCAUCUCUUGUUGAAAGGAUACGUGGUAAGGACACAAGGUGGAGACCUAACGCAAUUCUAGUGGAUGAUCCAUCCUUCGAGGCUUCAGUUAUCCGAGAAGGCUUCCAGUGUCGGGUUCUGUUAUCCAUCUGGCACGUGCGUCGCUGUUGGCUGAAAGGUCUAUUAAAAUAUUGUAACAAUUUCAACGUGCAAAGAGAGAUGUUUAAGCACCUAGGCAGGAUUGUCUACUGCACAAGAAGCGGGUCAAGCACUUCAGAUGCUGUAGACGAGUUCAUGCAAAUAUAUAUUGAUCAGUCUGCAUUCAUAGAAUACUUCAGAAGCAAAUGGUUGCCAAAAAUAGAAUUAUGGGUCAGCUCAGUAAGAAGUCUCCCGGUGGCAGGUCAGGAGCCUUACGCUUCAGUAGAAUCCUAUCAUCUAAGAUUGAAAUCCAGAGUUCUGAGUUUGCUGCCAGCAAAUUCGUAUCAGAGAGUUGACUUGUUGAUACAUGCGUUGACAACCCAAUUUCACUCCUUCUAUUGGUUUGACCACUAUAUAGCAGAGACGGGCUAUUUUGAAAAUUUGAGGGAUAGGUUUAGCUUAACCAAUCCAUGGUAUCAAGCUAUGCACAUUCCUGACAUUGACGUCCUACUGGAUGAGGAGAAUCUCCAUUUUGCAAAAGUUGUUUCGCAGGCUGAUAGUAGUGUGGCAUAUACAGUAUGGAAUCCUGGUUCUGAGUUUGGGUUCUGUGAUUGUUCCUGGUCGAUGUUAGGUAAUAUGUGUAAGCACACAAUCAAGGUUGUGAUUUUCUGCAGAUGUCGUCAGAUAGCAAGGCCAUUACUGUCUGCGCAAGUUUAUAGACAGACCUUGCUUAAUCUGCUACAGAAUCUUCCGGAUGACCCUCUAGUUCUUGAACAUGCAAUUGCACAUGUGACAAGAUUACAACAAGACAUAAAGAGUUUGGAGGAUUUGUCAAACAGUGGAUUGCUGCAGCCAUUGUCUUCUGGGACAAACUCCAUACCGGCAGAGAAUAUCCAGCCUUUCCCGCGCAACAAUUAAUCUCUGCAGCAUUAUGCUGCCCUUGCUUCUGGAGAUCUCAGUAACUUUUGAGUGAAAUGAAGCAAAAACCGUAGGGUGAGUAUCAAUGGGGAAGUGACCUUUUUUAUGACCAGAGCCUAGGCUCCCAUGUAGAGUAUUUCACUUGACGUGCAGAAAGGAGCCAAAGUUGGAUGUUAUGACAGGGGGGUGGAUGGCAAUUACCGACUUGGUGGUAGCAGCGUUUCUUUCAGGCUGUUAGAGGUGGAGAAGAAUGGAAACAUGGAAGUGGAUG